AAAGAAAAAAGGCUUGUAAACAAGGGUGUGCCUUGCUAUACUUAACCAGGCAGGAGCAGUGGGAAGCUGUGUGCUUGUCCCGGCAGGAAUGGUCUCUGCUUCUUCUUGAGGUUGUUAAUGUUUCCUCUUUGCUGAGGUGAAUGGCUGGGGCUCAGAGGCACCCAAGAGAUAGUAGCGCUAUGCUCCUGAAAGAUGGUGGAAGAAUCCGUCGGGUGCACCUCUCUUCGUCCGUGGCAAAUUCGAUACAAGAGCUGUUGGAGCAGAUAAUAUCUGAGCGGGAUGCUUUAGGUCAAGCCCUGGCUUCUCUCUCGGCCGGACUGGCCAGGCUGGAGAAGCACCUGGAAGAGACGGACCGUCGGGUAGAAGCUCUGGAAACAAAGGUGGUGUCCACACAAAGCUGUGUUGUCAAACACUCCACUCUGAUGAGGGAACUGGCAGUAGGGCGCCUGGUGGCCGACCGCAGGCUGGAGAGCCUAGAGAACAGAGUGCGAGCUCGGAACUUAAGGGUCACUGGUGUCCCAGCAGCUGUUGGAGAUGUCAACCUCAUUCCAUACCUAGAAAAUCUGAUGCCAGCUGCCUUGGAUUUAAAUGGGAAAGAGGUUCCCAUCUGCAUUGAAAGUGCAUACCGUCUCCCAGCAAAGCAUGCCCACGAGGGUAGUGGCAGUACAGUGCUAAUAACUCUCUCAGAUGUACGCCAUCGGGAGAGGAUACUGAACGCACCGUGGGCUUCCCAGACAACAAAGUUCAACGGACACAAGGUAUCCUUCUUUCCUGACCUCAGCCCUGCCACGUACGCCAGGCAGAAGCAUUUCGUUGCACUCAAGCAACAGUUCCUGAAGCUAGGAGCUCGGGCUUACGUCUUGAGCCCUGCAAAGUUAAAGGUGGUGCACCAGGGAAAAACCUACAUCUUCAAGGACAGCAAAUCUGCAGCCCAGCUGCUGGAUAAAAUCCAACAAGAAAAGAUGACUAUGACUUUGAUCCGCAACAGGCUGGGGCUGCUGGUCUUAGGAGUCCUUGUCACCUUUGUCCUCUACCUGUUGCUGCCGGCAAUCCAGCAUGAGAGAUUCACAUCCUCGGUAGACAUCCCCAAGCCACGGGCUAUGGAGGAAGAAAUGAAUAAGGGUCAAGGCACGGGCAACAUCACCAUCUUGACAGGGACAGUCCUGCAAAACCCCUCUGUUUUCUUUAGAGAAGCUGUACAGGUACAGAAAGAUGGGCCACCCUUCACUGAAAGGUUGGCAGUGAUCUUCCUGCAUGGUCAGUCCUUCAAUUCCAAAAAAUGGGAAGAAUUGGGGACACUAGCUUUACUCUCUGAGAAUGGAUAUCGUGCAAUAGCCAUUGAUUUGCCUGGCUAUGGGGAGUCCCCAAGCUCCAGCACUGUUGAGACAGCACAAGGCCGUGUUGCUUUCCUGCAGCAAGUCUUCAAGGAGUUGGGACUCCAGCAGCCUGUUUUGAUAAGCUCUUCCAUGAGUGGUCGCUAUUCUAUUCCGUUCCUUCUGGCUAGUGGGGAGCAGCUGAAGGGCUUUGUGCCCAUUGCACCUGUAGGCACCAAGGACUUCACUACUCAGCAGUAUCAGCAGGUCAAGAUUCCAACGUUGAUUAUCUAUGGAGAGCGUGAUACUGGCUUGGGCACUCAGUCUCUUCAGAGCCUUCAACAGAUUCCCAAAUCCAGAGUUGUCAUGCUCCUUGGAGCUGGCCAUGCCUGUUACCUUGAUAAGCCUCAGGAGUUCCACAAAGCACUCCUGAACUUCCUUGGGGAGCUGAAGUGAUUGUGGUACUCUGUAUAUCUGCCCUGCCCUGCCGAUCUCUUCCUGAGAAAGAAUUAAGACUGAACCUUUGCCAUGUUGCUGGGAAGCUGUGUGUUUGAAUCUGUUUCUCCAUAUUUAAAAGGGCUGUAGGACUUGCUGACUGUUGACAGGGAAUUGCUUCUCCCUGCUUGCUCUUGAGGCUGCUUUUGUUACGACUGCUCCAGGCUUGACUGAAUCCUGCAGAAAUAUUGGAACAAGGCUACAUGGAGCAGAGUGGCACCGUUUUCAAGCUAUUUGUUGUGACUGUGCCUGGAGAACUUGAUCUGCACAUCGCUGUCAGCCUCUCGCCCCAUUUUUAAGAACUGAUCCCUCUGGACAAUGAUGCAACUUCAGCACCAGUUUCUUCUUUCAGGAGCACAAGCAGCCCAUGUUACAUCGAGGCCGCACUUCUCCAUCAUCAGCUGACUACUUCAACUGGUGUGUACACUCCUGUUUUAAGGAUUGAGUGUUUUCUACGUGUAUGUUGUUUUACUGCUCUCCUCUUUCUUGGAAGGGAUCUCCUCAAACUUGCCCAUCGGUGGAAGGCAAUUAAGUGGGCUUCCGUGCUGAAUUGUGGCACCCCAACAAGACGAAGAGAGUGUGUGUCCUUGUUUGGAAGAUCUGAACAGGAACAAACCACAGAAAACACUAACAUAUAUGAAAUUGGCCAGGAGGCCUUUGAGGGACUUGGGGGAAUUCUUUUUCUUUCUUUACUUUCCCCCCCUUCUUUUCUUUGGAAAAAGCACUAUGUUUAAAUGUCUGUUCCAUUUAACUUUUGGUGAUAAUUGUGAUGCCUUGGGAACCCAGCUGUAACAAGUUGGCUGGUUGUGGGUGAUUUUGUUUUGUUAGUGUUACAUAGAUGAUCACCCAAGAAAGAGGAGGUGCGGGAUAGAGGGGAAACGAUGCUACAAGGUUUUCAGGGAAUGUAGCCCAUAUGUCAGGGUUGUGGCUGAUUGCUUCUAUUUGGUGUCAUAAGCUGUUUAGGGAUACUUUUUUUUAGUGUUGCACAACUGCUAAGGGUCAAUAAAUAAUUUGUACAGAU